AUGCGUCCCACACCCUGUCAGCCUCAAGAAGCGGCCUUUACGAACCCGCCCAAACACAAGACGUCGCAGAAAUUCACGGCCGUCGGCUCGCUCGUCUACAUGACUAGCGUCACAGCGGUGGGCAGCCUCGCAAUUUCGCACAUCUGGGCCGUCUCCAACGCGGACGUCCAACCUUUCUUACCUUACAUAAGUGAUUCUGGUGGCGAUCCUCCUCAAAGCGCAUUGUUCGGGUUUGGGGUGAUAACAACAGCCAUUGCCUUGAUGAUCAUCUUCUCACUGCGCUACAUUACCGUAAAGGACAUCACCAAAGGGACGAAGGAUGCCUCGCUCAUUCCCUUGUUUAACUACCUCACCUUCGUAGCGGGUCUAGGCGUGUUCCUGGGUCUGGUCAUGGUUGUCACUAACGCCACUGGACAUCUCCGUCGGGAUGGCACAUGGCUUCAGCCUAUCAUGUUGCCGCACUUGCUGGGUGCCUCGGUAUUUUUCGUCUCCGGGUUCAGCUACCUGCUGGGCAACUCCGUGCUCACCUGGGUUCUGCUUCCGAGGUUUCACAACGUCUGGGUCGCUUACGCACGAAUUGUCAUCACUCUCGUGAACCUUAUCUCGUGCAUCCUCAGUAUCCUUGGUUUCGCCAGUUCUAACGCUUUGCCAGUUUUUCCUUCUUCUUAUGCAAAACUUUACUAA